AUGGCUGAAACACUAUCGGCCGAGUAUUCCUACCGUUGGAUUGAGAUCGUCACCGGGAAAAUGUUAAUUUACCUGUUGAGCAUCUUUUUCUACGUCUAUGUCCUCCUUCGGCUCGCCUGCUCUCGCGAGAAACACUUCAGAUCGACCUACUUCAUGAUUUACAUGUGGACAGGUUUCUCGUCGAGAAUUUCCUCUUUUAUUCGUUCUUGUAGGCGUUUUCGACGUCUUAUUGGCCUUGGCAACCGUCUACGACACAGCCAACUUCGCUGUCGGCUUUGGUUGGACAAAAGUUGAAGCCAAACGACGUCAACCAUUCCAGGUCCAAAAUGGGAUUGGCUGCUGACGAUUCUGAAGAACUUGACGGGAACUAACUGGUACACUCAUCUCUGGGGAGGUCUUCUGAUGUCUACCAACCAGUACCUAGCCAUAGCUUUUCCUGGCUACUUUCCAAUGGUCAGACUCGCCUCCAUCUUGCCAAUCCCAUUUAUUUUUAGUUUUUCACGAGAAGAAAAACCGCCUUAUACCUUCUUAUUGGAUUCCUUCUUUCUCAGUUGAUAAAUAUCGAGCUGUAUUUCAUACCUUUCAAAUGGGUCGUCCAACCGGAUGGCUUUCAGCUCUACAGCGGCAGAACACAAAGAAUAUCGGUGCUGAACUAGUGAAAAAUCAAUAAUCAGAGUCUUUUGCAGUACAUCCGGACAGUGAGUGUCUGCAUCACGAUGAUGUGCACAGCGGCGAAUAUUCUGCUCAACGCCAUGACGCUGUACACUCUGCGAGAGAAGACACGCGCAGAGAUUCGCAAAAGAAUCCAAGAGAAGGUUGGAAAAGCCCUCAAAAAUGAACGAAUAGAUGAGGAUCUAGAGUCUGGUGGUUUUCCAAAUCCUCAAUUCUAUUCUCAUAUUUAUUGAAGUCGCCUAUGAAGUUUUGUCUAUCACUGGAUACCUGCUUGCAGACAACAUCAUCUCCAAAUUCAUCUAUACACAGGUCUUCCUUAGUGUUUUAUUUUUUAUUUUAAAACAAGUAUUCUUCAGUUUCCCAGCUUUUUCUUCCUGAUGGCAGUUCUCAAUUCUUUCGCCAUGGUUAUCCUGAGUCGAGUAUGUGAUUCACUUCUAAACUGAUGAAGUGGCAAUCAAAAAAAAAAAUUUAGAAACCGGACGUUGCUCAGGUUAUGAGAAAAACAACUUCAGCUCAAAAAUUUUAUUAUUUUGGAAUCGAAACAAAUGGCUUAAUGUUACUUACUAAUCUCCAAUUUUCUGAAUUUUUGUUUGAUAGUCAUACUGGGAAUGGCUCGAAAAGUUAUUGAUCCAAGUAGGACAUUCCAAAAAGAAAGUUUCAAAUCACAUCAGAUCCUUUUUAAAGUUAUGGGGAAUUACAUAUGAAAAGAAUUACACAUGUUAUCUAGAGGUAUACGAUAUUUUGGGCAGGAAAGAAAAAUGACAAGCUGGCGGAAACGAUGCUCGGUUCAUUUUUAAAUUCUUUUUUUUUUGCGAAAUUUUUUCAAAAACUCUUCUCAAUGAAGUGUUGUGUUUGAGAACGUGAGAGUGGCGAUUGGCCUGAAGUUUUUGGCGAGACCGACGGAAGGAAGCAACGUCGGACCCGAGGUAACUUCUACGAUGGGUGGCCAGACGCGCGGUCAGUUGCGCACGACUUGCCGAGACCGCGACGCAUCGCCUACGCGUCGCGGCUCCUGA